AUGGUUCCUACUGCUGCUUCCUCUCAUCUCGGCCCUAAGGUCCUCCCUAUCAUCUUGACUGUUGGAGGCGCUACCGUUGCAAGCCGUUCUAUCGUCAACGCAAACAAAUAUCGAGAGCCGGUUCGAGCAAAGCCAUUCCAAAGUGUUCCUGCUCAACCCCGAUCACAAUACUUUGAAAAGGUCUUAGAAUCAAUCUUUGCAUAG